AAUAACUCAGGACAUAGAAUCAUUAAAGAAAGGAAUGGCUGAUACAGGAGGUGACAUAACUGAAAUUAAGGACAAGAUUAAACAGCUAACAAAACUAGCCAGUCAAGAGAAUGGAAAAGUGGAUGAGUUGUCAAAAAAUGUCUUUAAUCUUUCAGUUCAAGUGGCUCAUGUUAUGGGAAAGCCAACUCCUAAAGCUCCGAAAAAUACUGGAACACCACCAUUAAUUUUACGAAUGCCUGUUAGCAACGAUGAAGAACAAAAAGCGAAAGACAAAUCAAUCAUGAAGAAUAUUACUGCUAAAAUUUCAGCUGAAGUUGCCAGGGUUAUGGGAAUUGUUACAUUGGUGAACCACUCCCUGUCCCAUGACAUGACAAGGUUACGAGUGCUAAUGAAAAGUCUGCUGACAGAAGUGAAGAAACAUGUGGUUCUAAUCGACGAGUUACAGACUAAAGUGUCUGAGAGUUUAAGUCUAAAUCAUAGUAGUGUAGUAUCAAGAGGGCACCUUGAAGCAGACACGGAGGCAGUUUCAGAGAAAGUCUUCAAUUUAUCUGUCAUUGUGACAAAGCUUUCAGAUGAUGUAGAGCAGCACUCAAGUCAUCUGGCUGAAUUGUUGUUGGAAGUUGUACAGAUCAACACAACUGUGUACAAUUAUCAACAUCAGGAGGCUAUUCAUGAAAAACCAGCAUCAUGCAAUUGCUCAGGAGAAGUGAGGAGACUAUGGGAACAGUUAUCGAAUAAAAAAUCAACCACAGAAUCAGUGCAACAAGUUCAAACAACCCAAAAGCCAGUUACAACUUUGCCAAGUAAGAAUUCUGUUUGUUUUCUUGUUUUCACGUAUUUCUAAUCUAAACCUGCUGAA